CUACUAGCUCCGCAGUUCCGGUUGAACGAACAACACUUUGACCAGUGUGUGUUGUUGUAUCCAGCUGUAGCAGGUUAAUUGCGCAGCUGUUGCAUUUCUGUCAGUAUUCAAUAUGCAGAGCAAACUGAAUAGUCCUAAUGUGUCGGUCAACAUUUAUUCUGGACGUCCAGUAACAAAAUUGAUUUGAAGUCUUCUCGUCUGAGGAUGCAACUCGUGUUUGUCCGUUCGUCCGUGUGUUGGAAUCCGAUCAAAGAAUGCGACUGACCACCGACGCAGCGGAACACCUGACCUGGUAGCCAUGCACAGUCUUGGUAGACGCAUUCUAGCUGGAUUUAUUACAAUUCAGAUUGUGGUUGUGGCCUUUUUCCUACUGCGAAAUCCUUUCGACCAGGUGAAAGGCUUCAGGAAUAUAGUGCAACAGUUGAAUGUUGGGAACAUAUUGUCACGGUCGAAUUUUUCGAAUUAUGAGAACACCACACAACAGUCGACUUUUAAGGACACCACACAACAGUCGAAUUUUAAGGACAUGCCGCAAAGUAGCAUUGCUGUCAAGACUGAUAUUUCUAAAGUAACCACUGAAACGAAUAAUCGACCACUGACGGCGCCUGUUACGUCACUUCCUGUCCAGAAACCUAUUGUGAAAUAUGCCGAGUAUCCUUACAGAACAUACAACGUAACAUGCCGAACGGUUUCGCAAACACUCCGAAACACCCCAUUUACACCUGAUGAUGCUAAAAAUGUGUUAGAAUGGUACAAAAGUGUGGACGACUAUUUUAAGCCGCACAGGACAGAUCCUAUUAACAUGCCAGAAGAUGAAGGGGAAAACUUGUUUCUCAAUUACGACUACAACAAACCUUCAUCCCACACUCUUACCGAUGCAAACUUUCAAUACUUUCAUUUCGACGGCGACAAGAUUUCGUGUUACAAGCGCGGGACUGCGGACAUACGAAGUCAGCCAAACGGAACGACGUGCAUUUGUCAUCAGGAGUUUACUGGCAAGCUCUGUUCCGUGCCAAAGACUGUGGAAAAUUCGCGAAAGAACGUGAAACGGCAGUACACGUUCAAGCCCAGGAAGGUUCCACGUCGAAUUAUUUUUGCGAUGACGUUCAACAUGGAACAUAUUAUUCUUUACCUGAAGAUGAUUCAGAACGCACCAGCCGUUGAUUUGUUUGUUCUGCUCGAAAGCAACUUCACGAACUACGGCGAUCCGAAACCGCUUUACUUACUUCCGGUUUUGAAGAGGGGAUUCAUGCGCCGCUGGCACGGCAAAAUCAUGCACAUGUUUACGAGCGAAUUCCUGCAGCAGGCACGACAGAGAGGCAAAGGUUUCGAACAGGAGAAUCACAUACGGGGUCUGUUCGCGCCCGCCAUUAAACAGCGCGUCAGCAACGUCCGCGACGACGACCUAUUUUUAUACUUCGACGCGGACGAAACUCCCGGAUUAGACGAACUACUUUUCCUCAAGCUGCACGACGGAUAUCCGGUUCCGGUGGGCUUCCACAUGAUUCUGUGUCGAUACGGAUUGUACUGGUGGGAUGAGAAGGUCAAAUGGCGCGCUGUCGGAGUCGCGCCAAUGAAAAUGUUCCUCGACGUGUAUUCGGGACACGCGAAUAUUCUGCGUGGUCACACGGGCAUACGCAAAAAUAAACGAAUAAAGAAUUUCGGGUCGGACCCGCUUCACGAAGUGUGGAAUCUAGGAUCAGAAGCGAAUUGCGUAGGGUGGCAUUUGUCCCCUUCAGGGACUCCAGGACAGGUCUUCACCAAAAUCAUGUCCGUGAUUAACGCCGACUGGCCGCGAUUUGCAGAUAAUCCAGUGAAUCGAAAUAUUACGUAUAUAGCCAGUUUGUUUAGGAGAGGCCGAUUCUUUGACCUCAAACAUGACUGCGUGGCGAUUUGUCCACGAGAGCUCCCCCAGUUUAAAGAUUUAGGUUAUAUUUUUAAGUACCCGAAUUAUUUCAAUUAUUUAUUAGUUAACCCAAAUCUGUUUAUUCCUUAAAGUUGUAGACCUAAGUUUUUAAACACAUCGGUGUAUUUUUUCAUUAUUAGAGGUGAUGUUGUUGUUGAUUAUUUUUUUUCGCUGUCUUUGUAACAAUUUUGUUUUGUUAUUUUGGGGGUUUUUGGUAGUUUUUUGGUUGAUUUUUUUUUUUUG